AGUCUUCUGUGCACUGGGAGCAGCUCUCCUGCCGCAGCCCCUCAUCCCCUGAAAAUGUAUACCUGUGCAAAGUUCGUCUCCUCCCCCUUCUUGGUCAGGAGCACCUCUCAGCUGUUGAGCCGAUCACUGUCUGCAGUGGCACUAAAACCACCAGAGACACUGACAGAUGAGAGCCUCAGCAGCUGGGCAGCCCCACGUCCCCUGACCUCACUUAUUCCUAGCCGCGGUUUCCAAACCAGCGCUGCUUCAAGGGACAUCGACACAGCAGCCAAGUUCAUUGGGGCUGGGGCUGCCACAGUUGGGGUGGCUGGUUCUGGGGCUGGAAUUGGGACUGUGUUUGGGAGCCUCAUCAUUGGUUAUGCCAGGAACCCCUCUCUGAAGCAGCAGCUCUUCUCCUACGCCAUUCUGGGCUUUGCCCUCUCGGAGGCCAUGGAGCUAUUUUGCCUGAUGGUGGCCUUUCUCAUCCUCUUCGCCAUGUGAAGGAGCCGUCUCCACCUCCCAUAGGUCUUUUUCCCGUGUCACGUCUGCCCUGUAUGUUCCUUUUCCUAUACCUCCCCAGGCAGCCUGGGGAAAGUGGUUGGCUCAGGGCUUGACAGAGGGAAGACAAAUAAAUACUGUAUUAAUAAGAUAAAAAAAAAAAAA